AUGGCCAAGUGUCCUACUGCUGACGCUGGGGCAUCGGAGUUUGUGCAGUCGUGCGUCAAAUUUGCGACAAACGUCGCGUUCACCGACGUUGCCCAGUACAAUAACAGCCACGCAGCGGGCCUCGCAUCGUCGUUUGUUGUCCUCGUUGGCACACAUGCCCAAUUGCGGGAGGAUGCGGUGAAGAAGCUCCCAUUCUACUGCCCCGCCGUGGCUGAGGCGGUUGAGCGUGUGGGAAAGGGUGAGACCUACGCGGUCCUCGCAGAGGGCCUCAAGAAUGAGGCAAACGAGAGGUUUGUGCGUGUGGUGGUUGGUGAGGUGCCGUCUGAGGCGUCCCGCACAAACUGUCCUGCCCGGCCUGACGUGGUCGCCGCCCUUGUGUCCACGGCGCUUGGGGAGGUGAAGGGGCGGGAAACCAAGGUGGACGUAUUUGUGCGCUCAACCGCGGCUGUCGCAGUGGCGGUGGCAGUGGCGCGUAGCGCACGACGCAACUUCACCGCCAAGGAGGGUCUGGGCGCGAAAGGGUACUGUGACGACAGCGUCCGUCUCACGGUGGUGUUCCCGGUCGCCCCCACCCCACCAGCAGAAGAAUUGGCUGUCAUUGCCGCUUCGACACAGCUUUGCCAGCGGCUUGUGGAUGCGCCGACGAAUCUGCUGAACACCGCCACCUUUACGGAGGUCGCACUGGCGUACGCCAAGGAGCUGGGAUGUGCCGCCGACGUCAUUUGUGGCGAGGAGCUGCGCGAACGGGGCUACGGCGGCAUGUAUUCUGUGGGUAAAGGUGCGGCAGAGGCGCCGCGGCUUGUAACGCUUCUGUAUAAGCCCAAGGUCGCAGCGAAGAUGAAGGUCGCCUUGGUUGGCAAGGGUAUCGUGUACGACUGUGGCGGUUUGGCGCUGAAGCAACCCGCCUUCAUGACCGGGAUGAAGCGCGACAUGGGGGGCGCCGCGGCGGUCUUUUGUGGUUUCCUCGCCGCCGUGCGUCUGCAGCAGCCAGUUGAGUUAAGUUGCACCAUGUGCCUCGCCGAGAACGCGCUGGGGCCCCAUGCGUACCGCAACGACGACGUCGUAACGAUGAAGUCGGGCAAGACGGUGGAGGUGAAUAACACUGACGCCGAGGGUCGCAUCGUGCUCGGGGACGGCGUUUUUCACGCGACGCAUGAGCUUCCCUUUACUCCAGACGUUCUCGUUGACAUGGCCACUUUAACGGGUGCACAGGGCAUUGCCACUGGCCGCAGGCACGCCGCCCUUUUUGUGAACGAUGAGGAGACCGAAUUGGCCUUCUUGAAGGCCGGCAGGGAGUCCGGCGAGACGUGCUUCCCCGUGCUGUACUGUCCGGAGUACCACGCUCCAGAGUUCAAGAGUCCCGUGGCGGAUAUGCGCAACCUAAUGCAGCAGACGAACAAUGCUGGUGUCUCGUGCGGCGGACACUUCGUCGCCAGCCACCUGAGUCCGGACUUCAAGGGCAAGCACGUCCACGUGGAUAUGGCUUUUCCCGUGUUUGCGGACGACAAGGCCACAGGUUUCGGCCCAGCGCUGCUGAUGGAGUACUUCCGGAGGCUGUGA